UCGAAUUUUUUUUUGGAACUCAACGACGACAUCUUGAUCUUUAGAAAUGAUCUCUGAAAUAGUACAUAAUAUUAUCGGCAUGGUGAAUGUAACGAAAUAAGGGGACACGCGGCAUCCACGAAAAAGUAACGACUCGUGGCGGAGACCCAGGAGCAACGAGGACCAUAUUGCUUCUGCGAACGGGGGACUUACUUGAUAGAAGAGAGAAAGAAAGAGAGGGAGAGAGAAAGAGAGAGGAAGACAGAAUAUACCUACGACGAAGUCGAACGAAGGGUGACGGAAAGAACCGAAGGUAGUUCGGUGAACGUUCACGAGAGAGAGAGAGAGAGAGAGAGAGAGAGGGAGAAAGAGAGAGAGAAAGAGAGUGGGAGAGAGAGAGAAUCGGCUAUAUGGUCCCAGCAGUGGGGUAGGGGAACCGAAUGAUGAAGAAGGAACGAUAAAGUAGAAAAAGAAAGAGAGAGAGAGUGAGAUAGUCGUGUAGAGACCGUAGAACGAGUCGUGAACGGGGAGAGCUGGGCCCGUAUAUUGAAGGGGGAGGGUAAGCCACGAUUGUGGCGCCCUCUGAGCGGCUCUAUCCGGAAGAUAAGCUUAGUUCAUCGCUAGUCGCCCGAGAAGGACGUGCGUUCGUGUGUUUCUCUGUCGAACUCAUUGAGUUUGAACCACCUCACACAGUGAGGAUACUCGGAGACGUAACUCGUGAGAUUAGGCGCGAAAAAAGUGCACGACGUAAAAUUUGUGUUUGCUUGUGGGUGGUUUAAAGCGUUCGAAAAUAAAGACUCGUACAGUGAUACAUCGUCGCAUAAUAUUAACUCGAGAAUAUAUAUAUAUAUUUUUGUUUUUUUAACCAAAUCCUUCUCGUGACAACAUCUUUUAUAAAGUGUUUUGCCAUUGUUCAUAUUCGAUUUCUUCGUAUCGAAUAAGAUAUUUUCAUUGAAUUCUUUCGACAUUUUCGUCGAAUUUAAGAUGACAGAGAUGGGGUAUUCUCGAGAUAACUUUUAUUAUCAAGUACCGGGAGGAUAAGUGUACGUUGUUGUUCUGUUUCUUUUUUUUUUUGUUUUUCCCUCCCUCUCCUCUUUCUUUCUCUCUCUCUCUCUCUCUCUACGAAUACCAAAACAACGAUCGUGCUUAUCUCGUCACGUUUACGUUGAAUUACGUGAAAGAAGAAAAAAUCGAGACAGUGCGCGUGUGCGCUGCCUUUUUGGAAUUUGGAAAAGAAACGAUCGCUUCGAUUCUGACAGAGGCACGAUUUUGGCGUCAGAAAAGCGCAUAUAUUUACGUUAAAUGGAAUCCUAAGUAAUAAGAAGAGUCAAGAGAGAAGAUAAUUGUUAUUUCUACGCCCGAAAUAAACAGCCCAAGCACUGUUUUAAUUUUGAAGUCGCGAAAGAUUCACAAGUGACCAACUCGCGUGACCGUCGGCGAGCGACGCGGCUCGUUCGCGUGUGCGCAUGCUCGCGACGGAAAAUCCAAUGUAACCAAACAAAAGGGGACCUUUCUUAUUCUGCUUUUUGUUUUUUCUCUCUCUUUCUCUCUUUCUGUCUCACUCUCUCUCUCUCUCUCUCUCUCUCUGUCUAUCUGUCUGUCUCUCACCCUCUCUCUCUUUCCUUGCAAAGUUGACAAUAAAUUCGUGAAGAUGUGGUGUAGAGGGGGUGUAACGAUACGUCGAACCUCGACGUUACGUCGGUGACGACAAUUUGAGACACUGCUGACAUUUUACCUUUGAAUCGCCUUACUCUCUUUGUAAAUUAUUAGCGGAUUAUUAUUAUUAUUAUUAUUUGUUUUUUCUUUUUUUUUUUUUUUUGUAAUUUUUAAUUUUUUUUAUAUUCUUCUAUCCUUAACGUGUUACUACAAAGGUGUUUAACGUGUGAACAAAGGUGAAUGAUCGAUAAUCAAUUAUUAUUAUUAUUAUUAUUUUUAUUAUUAUUAUUAUUAUUAUUAUUAUUAUUAUUAUUAUUAUUAUUAUUAUCAUCGUGUAUCGGGUCAGUGCUCCGUGUAUUAUUGUCGUUUGGCUGUGAUCGUUGGUGUUUAUAUUAUCGGAAGGAUAGAUUAAGGAUAAGAGAAGGAGAUUGUGAAUUGUCAUCAAUGAAGGAAUGGCGUAAACAUUAGCGAAGGUUUCGUCGAAAUAUGAGGAGUACGUCUUCCUGCGUCUUGAGGACACCGAUUACCAGUGAAAAUGGAUAUCACGCACGUCUUUUUGGUGCUUCUACUGGUGCUACGCGUGAGAUGCAUGUGUUCGAGCGGUUACACGGGACAGAACUGCGAAAACGAAUACAUUCCCUGCGAUCCAUCGCCGUGUCAAAACGGAGGCUCGUGUCGGUCGAUCGACGAACUCGAAUACCAGUGUUUGUGUCCCGAAGGUUUUCGCGGUAAACAUUGCGAGGAGAACAUCGACGACUGUCCGGGAAAUCUUUGUCAGAACGGCGCGACAUGUAUCGACAGGGUAAAUGAAUAUUCGUGUCUUUGUCCACCAACGUUCACCGGCACGCAAUGCGAGUUAGACGUCGACGAAUGUUCGACGCGACCUUCGGUCUGUCACAACGGUGCAACUUGUACGAAUUCGCACGGCAGUUAUUCUUGCAUAUGUGUCAAUGGCUGGACUGGACCUGAUUGCAGCGUCAACAUCGAUGAUUGUGCUGGCGCUGCCUGUUUCAAUGGUGCGACUUGCAUCGAUCGUGUCGGAAGUUUCUAUUGUCAGUGCACUUACGGAAAGACAGGUCUUUUAUGUCAUCUCGACGAUGCCUGCACGUCGAAUCCUUGUCAUGAGGGAGCAAAUUGUGACACUAGCCCUAUCAAUGGCUCCUUCACUUGUUCCUGUGCUACUGGUUAUAAGGGUGUCGAUUGUUCCGAAGAUAUCGACGAGUGCGAACAAGGUUCUCCUUGCGAGCACGACGGAAUUUGCGUGAAUACGCCCGGGUCCUUUGCUUGUAACUGCACGCAAGGAUUCACAGGACCGAGAUGCGAGACGAACGUGAACGAGUGCGAGUCUCACCCUUGUCAAAAUGACGGUUCCUGCUUGGACGAUCCUGGAACGUUUCGUUGCGUCUGCAUGCCCGGUUUCACGGGAACACAAUGCGAGAUAGAUAUCGACGAAUGCGCUGCAAAGCCUUGCCUGAACAACGGAAUUUGCACCGAUCUCAUAAACUCAUUCAAGUGUACCUGUGCCGAUGGUUUUGCUGGUUCACACUGCCAAAUCAACAUCGACGAUUGCGCCUCAUCGCCAUGCAAGAACGGUGGAACGUGUCAGGAUUCGAUAGCAAAGUAUACGUGCGAAUGUCCACCAGGAUUCACUGGUGCAUCCUGCGAGACAAACAUAAACGAUUGUCAAUCGAAUCCUUGUCACAGUGGCAACUGCAUCGAUGGCGAGAACAGCUUCAGUUGCAGUUGUUUCCCAGGUUUCACUGGCAGACUAUGUCAAACCCAAAUCGACGAAUGCGAGAGCAAUCCUUGCCAAUUUGGUGGACGUUGCGAGGAUAAGAUCAAUGGUUAUCAAUGUAUAUGCAGACCUGGAACUUCUGGUACCAACUGCGAGGUCAACGUCAAUGAAUGCUAUAGUAAUCCAUGUAGAAACGGGGCUAGAUGCAUUGAUGGUAUCAACAGAUACUCAUGCGAAUGCGAGCCUGGUUUUACCGGACAACACUGCGAAACGGAUAUAAAUGAAUGCGCAAGCAAUCCUUGUGCAAACGGUGGCCGAUGCAUUGAUCUAAUAAAUGGUUUUAGAUGCGAGUGCCCUCGCGGUUAUUACGAUGCAAGAUGUCUCAGUGAUGUCGACGAAUGUGCUAGCAACCCCUGUGUAAACGGUGGUACCUGUGAAGAUGGAGUCAACCAAUUUAUUUGCCAUUGCUUACCUGGUUAUGGAGGCAAAAGAUGUGAAGCUGACAUCGACGAAUGUGGCUCGAAUCCUUGCCAACACGGUGGCACUUGUAACGAUCAUCUCAAUGGUUAUAGUUGCAAGUGUUUACCCGGUUACGCUGGUACAAAUUGUGAAACCAACGUCGACGAUUGCGCUAACAAUCCAUGUCAAAAUGGUGGAUCUUGCAUCGAUCUUGUAAACGAUUAUAAAUGCGUUUGCGAGUUACCUCAUACCGGUAGAAACUGCGAGGACAAGUUGGACCCUUGCUCACCUAACAAAUGUCUACACGACGCAAAAUGUUCACCUUCGUCAAACUUUCUCGACUUUGCCUGUACUUGUACAGUAGGUUACACUGGCAGAUUAUGUGACGAAGAUGUCGACGAAUGCAUUAUGACGUCCCCGUGUCGAAAUGGUGCCACUUGCAGGAACACUAAUGGAUCUUAUCAAUGCGUCUGUGCUAAAGGCUACGAAGGCCGGGAUUGCAUAAUCAACACCGAUGAUUGUGCAUCAUAUCCGUGCCAAAAUGGUGGAACUUGUUUAGACGGAAUUGGUGACUAUACUUGUCUAUGCGUUGAUGGUUUCAACGGCAAACAUUGUGAAGUGGAUGUAAAUGAAUGUCAAUCACAGCCUUGUCAAAAUGGAGCAGUUUGUAAGGAAUACGUAAAUUCGUAUACAUGUCAAUGUCAACUUGGCUUCUCCGGUAUAAAUUGUCAAACCAAUGACGAAGAUUGCACUGAUAGCAGUUGUAUGAAUGGUGGCAAGUGUAUCGACGGAAUAAACAACUAUACUUGCGUUUGCAAACCUGGCUAUACUGGUUCGAAUUGUCAAUACCGUAUAAACGAGUGUGAUAGUUCGCCUUGUCUAAAUGGUGCAACUUGUCAUGAUCAUGUGCAAUAUUAUACGUGUCAUUGUCCUUAUGGCUAUACCGGUACAAGAUGCGGCGAAUACGUAGACUGGUGUGCUGAUAAUCCCUGUGAAAAUGGAGCAACGUGCGUUCAACACAAUAACAAGUACCACUGCAAUUGUUCGCCAGGUUGGACUGGCAAGGUUUGUGACGUAGAAAUGGUCUCAUGCAAGGAUGCUGCUAUUAGGAAAGGUGUGCUUGAAAAGAAUCUUUGUAAUAACGGUACUUGCGAGGACAUUGGAAAUAGUCAUCGGUGUCAUUGCAUCGAAGGUUAUACUGGUUCUUAUUGUCAAGAAGAAAUCGAUGAAUGUGAAUCCGCUCCUUGUCAAAAUGGUGCAACCUGUAAAGAUUUAGUCGGUUCAUAUCAAUGUCAAUGUACGAAAGGUUUCCAAGGACAAAAUUGUGAACUUAACGUUGACGAUUGUAGACCAAAUCCUUGUCAAAAUGGCGGCACAUGUCACGAUCUAAUCAAUAACUUCAGUUGCUCCUGUCCACCGGGUACACUUGGAUUUUUAUGCGAGAUCAACGUAGAUGAUUGCGUGGUUGGCGCUUGUCAUAAUAAUGGAACAUGCACUGAUAAAGUUGGUGGAUUCGAAUGUAAAUGUCCACCAGGUUUUGUAGGGCCAAGAUGCGAAGGAGAUAUCAACGAAUGUUUAUCAAAUCCCUGUGCUUCACCUGGUACUCAAGAUUGCGUUCAACUUGUAAACAACUAUCAUUGCAACUGUAAACCUGGUUAUAUGGGUCGUCACUGCGAAGUAAAAGUUAAUUUCUGUGAUAGUUCACCUUGUCAGAAUGGCGGUGUAUGUGCUGCCAAACAAGCCGGUCACACAUGUAUCUGUCCUAACGAUUAUCAUGGAAAGAAUUGUGAAUUUGCUGGCUCUUACUGUGAUACGGAACCUUGUUUGAACGGUGGUACUUGUCGGAUAACUGAAACAGAAAUUGGCUAUAGAUGUCAUUGUCCACCGGGCACAACAGGCACUCACUGUGAAAUAGAUGCUAGAGAUGAAUGUGCUAGUAACCCUUGCCAACAAUCAGAUGCCGUUUGCGAAAAUCUUCUUGGAGAUUAUACUUGUUAUUGUCCACCAAAAUGGACUGGCAAGAACUGUGAAAUUUACGAUCCAAAUUAUAGAGGUGGUGUAUUCGGUAGACCAAAUUCAAACAUUCCAAAGAACAUGAAUGCUUACGAUCUCGACUUGGAACGCGAAAGGAAAAGAUGUAUCGAAAAUCGUUGCGAAGAAAAGUCUGGAAAUCAUCACUGCGACGAGGAAUGUAAUAGAUACGCAUGUAAUUUCGACGGAAACGAUUGUUCUCUUGGUAUUAAUCCUUGGAGAAACUGUACCGCUCCAAUAAACUGUUGGGAUGUUUUUAUGAACGAUGUUUGCGAUGAAGUAUGCAACAACGCUCAAUGUCUCUUCGAUGGAAGAGACUGCGAGAGAAAAUUAGCACCUUGCAAUCCGAUAUACGAUGCGUAUUGUCGAAAACAUUAUGCUAAUGGUUAUUGCGACUAUGGAUGUAACAACGAAGAAUGUAAUUGGGAUGGCUUGGAUUGUGACGGAAAACCACCCUCCUUAGCAGAAGGUGUUAUUUCUGUGGUAGUUAGGAUGGAUAUGCAGACUUUUCGUUCUAACGUAGUGGCAUUCCUACGAGAUAUCGGUCACGAAUUAAGAACUACAUUACGUGUGAAACAAGACGAGCUUGGUAACGACAUGAUAUAUCCUUGGAAAAGAGAACGAGAACCAAGUUUGCAAACGAAUUUCUUUGGUAGACAGGCGACGAUUUAUACGAAUAGUCAAAGCGGUGUUAUAGCGUAUUUAGAGAUUGAUAAUAGAAAAUGUACAGUAACACAGGGUGCCGUAUGCUUCCCAUCAGCCAACGAAGCAGCAGAAUACUUAGCUGCUACAGCCUCGAAACAUUCUCUUUCGAGAAAUUUCCCUAUCGAGCAAGUUCGAGGUGUUGUUGGUCCUCAAGGUCCUGAAUAUCCUGAUACACCAACAAAUUACAAAUAUGUCUUCAUUGGUGUCAUUAUCGUGAUAGUUGGAGGAAUGCUUGUAGGAGUUUUGGUGACAGCGCAAAGGAGACGAGCAGUUGGAGUGACAUGGUUCCCAGAAGGUUUUCUACGAACGAAUAGUGGAAGUGGUCAGAGACGUAGAUCACGUCGAAGAGGUCCCGAUGGACAAGAAAUGCGUAAUCUCAAUAAACAACCAUCGGUGAAUUGUAUGGAUCUCGAUGUAGGAAAUGGUCGAGCACAACAAUGGUCGGACGACGAAUCGGAUCUUCCACCAUCGAAACGAAUGCGAGCUAUUGAACCUGGUUAUGCAAGCGAUCACACGGCCAUCACCGAUUACGAAGAAACGGAACCAAGAAUGUGGACUCAACAACAUUUGGAUGCAGCAGAAAUACGAACUAGACCGGAUGCAGGAGUUUUAACACCGCCUAGUCUCGAGCAUGGUCAAGAUGUAGAUGCUAGAGGACCAUGUGGAAUGACUCCAUUAAUGGUAGCCGCUGUACGUGGAGGUGGUCUUGAUACUGGAGAAGAGGAAGAUGAAAGUGAUGGUACCGCAGCUGUUAUCGCUGAUCUCGUGGCACAAGGUGCUGAUUUAAAUGCUACUACCGAUAAAAGCGGUGAAACUUCGCUUCAUCUCGCUGCUAGAUAUGCCAGAUCAGAUGCAGCUAAACGUCUCUUGGAUGCUGGAGCUGAUGCUAACUCACAAGAUAAUACCGGCAGAACGCCUCUCCAUUCAGCCGUCGCUGCGGAUGCGAUGGGAGUAUUCCAAAUUCUUCUUAGAAAUAGAGCAACGAAUCUUAACGCUCGAAUGCACGAUGGUACCACUCCUUUGAUAUUGGCUGCACGUUUAGCAACCGAAGGAAUGGUAGAAGAUCUGAUUAAUGCUGAUGCUGAUAUAAAUGCUGCCGAUAAUAGCGGCAAAACUGCUCUUCAUUGGGCCGCAGCUGUUAAUAAUGUAGAUGCUGUUAACAUAUUACUUGUCCAUGGUGCGAACAGAGACGCACAGGACGACAAAGACGAGACUCCGCUGUUCCUCGCUGCAAGAGAGGGCAGCUUUGAAGCUUGUAAAGCUUUACUCGAUACAUUCGCCAAUAGAGAAAUUACAGAUCAUAUGGAUCGAUUACCAAGAGAUGUAGCCAGCGAAAGGUUACAUCAUGACAUCGUCAGAUUAUUAGACGAGCAUGUACCUAGAUCACCUCAAAUGAUGAAUGUCAUGCCGAAUGGUCCUCUAAUAGGAUCCCCAAAUCAUCCUCAACUUAUCACACAUCCAACUGUUAUCGGUUCCGCACCGAAACAAGCGAAAUCGAAGAAACGACCAAAAACUGGUGGUACAGGGAACCCAAACAGUCCAGAAUCCGAAGGUGCAGUGGUGGUCAUGAGGCGAAAGCCGUCGGUAAAGAAGCCACCGGCGAAGCGUGGCGCUCAGCCCCCAAACCAGGAAAUCCCUCAGGGAGCGGAGGGAGCUGAGGGAAACCUACCAAGCCCGUACGACAGUGCGAGCCUUUACAGUAAUGCCUUGCCUUUAGUGGGUCAUACGGCGACAGCGAAACAACCACCACCGUACGAGGAUUGUAUAAAGGGACAGUCCAUACAAGGCUUGCAACAGCUCGGUCUUGACACAUUCACGAAUAACUACGGGCUGCCAAAUUUUCACGAUCAACUAUUAGCCUCGCAUCAGAGACAAACGCAGGGUAUGGUGAACACGUUAUCGCCACCGUACAGCAAUCAGUCACCGCCACAUUCAGUACAGUCAAACAUGACGCUCUCUCCUCAAGCGAGCUACAUGGGCUCGCCCUCGCCAGCAAAGAGCCGGCCGUCACUUCCCACAUCACCAACGCACAUCGCCGCCAUGAGACAGGCGACGCAUCAAAAACACGGAGGCAUGCCACCGGUGGGGUUCGAUUUUGAGAAUUUACCUUAUUCCAGUCAACAACAACAACAACAACAACAGCAGCAGCAGCAACAACAACAACAGCAACAACAACAGCAGCAGCAACAACAACAGCAACAGCAACAGCAGCAGCAGCAACAGCAACAGCAACAACAGCAGCAACAACAGCAGCAGCAGCAACAACAGCAACAACAACAACAGCAGCAAAGUACACAACAACAGCAGCAACAGACACAACAGUACUAUCAGUACUUGACGCCACCGUCCCAUCAUUCCGGACCAGACGUCACGCCGCAACAUCUAAUGCAAGCACCAGAAAGUUUUCCGACGCCUUCGCCGGACAGCCCCGGACAUUGGUCCUCGAGCUCGCCUCACUCGAACAGCGAUUGGUCCGAGUGCAUGGCCUCGCCGAACGCCUACGGUGCUGGCGGUGGAGCUCAUCAAAGUAACAAGGGCUCGGAGGCAAUUUACAUAUGAAACGAGCAAACGCUCUCCUUCUCGCGCGAGUAGAUCGUAGCUUUUACUGUAAGAAAAAUAAGAAGAUACAAAGAGAGAGAGAGAGAGGGGGGGGAGAGAGAAAGAAAGAAAGAAAGAGUACGUACUGUGAUUAGCUCGUCGAGAUCGAGAGCAAUAGUUGUUUCGUUAGUAUGAGAGCAUAUGCAAGCCUCCGAGGAGGCCAUUACAUAACAAGAAAUUGUGCCUUCGAGUGCUAUAUAGUGUGUUAGAUAAGUAUACGUAGGAGAAUGUAUUAAAUUAUGUGUUUCGAAAAGCACAAUGUUUCCUAAUGGCCUUUUAAUGAAUACGUUUUUUACUGGUUUUGUGCGAAUUGUAAGAUAUAUAUAAAGCGUGUGUGUCUGGUUGAGGAGAGCGUCAGAAAGUUUUGUCUUUUCAUUUUUUUUUAUUUUUAUUCUUUUUCUUUGUAUUUUUUUUUAUUUUUAUUUUUUUUUUUUUUUUUUUUUUUGUACGAUCGCUUAUGAGCGUGUUGUUCCAUACACAAACAUUCCAUACGUAUGGCAUUCUUUUUCUAGUUUUUUCUUACUUCCUCGAUGUUAUUCCCAUCGAGAGGUACGAUCCAUCAUCUUAACAAAGGUAGUAUAAUUAUUAAUGUUUAAUUCCUUCAACAAAUAUGGAUCAUUUUUAAAUUUAGAGUGCAUCGAUGGGUGUUAAUACGUUUCUCUGACCUCUCUUCUACCCGAAGUAGCCGAAAGAGAGUUUAAAUAAUAAGAAUUUGCGGCGCAGUUAACGGUACGCAUAAUAGAUACUAUAGAUUGUUGUGAGAGAAAAGAGAUUAUUAUUAUUAUUAUUAUUAUUAUUAUUAUUAUUAUUAUUAUUAUUAUUAUUAUUAUUAUUAUUAUUAUUAUUAUUAUUAUUAUUAUAUUAUAUUAUAUUAUAUUA